AUGGCACCAUCAAUCGUGACCUCAGACCAACCAACAUCGCCUGUGGCGGAUGGUAAGGUCCCUGCGGCUUUCACCACCAAAGACGCGAAGGACCUUCCGGAGAGCCUGCUUUCGCAUUUCGCUGACCGUAUCAACGCCAACACCGAUAAUGGUCCAAAAUCCACAACUAGCGACCCGCUCAACGAAUACUCAGUUCCAUUCUAUAACCAAUACGCUUUAAACCCCCGCAAACUCCGCAUCAUCACGAUCGGUGCCGGCUUUUCUGGGCUAGUGCUUGCUCACAAAUUCCAACAUGCCUACCCUGAGCUCCAGGGAUUUGUUGAUCACACGAUCUUCGAAGGCCGAAGCGAGAUCGGAGGAACAUGGCUAGUCAAUACUUACCCCGGAGUGCAAUGUGAUGUGCCCUCUCAUAUCUAUGCCUUCCCAUUCGAUCCUAACCCAGAAUGGCCCCGCUUCUAUUCCAGCGGACCUGCCAUUCAAGAGUACAUCAAGGCCACAGUAAAGAAGUGGAACCUUGACCGUGAUAUCCAGUUAGAAACCCAGGUUGUUGGUGCCUAUUGGCAGGAAAAGUCGGGAAAAUGGAAGCUUAUUGUGAAGCACAAUGGAGUCGAGCGUGAAGAGCACUGCGACAUUUUGAUCUCAGGCCAAGGUAACUUGGUAAGCCCUUCCUGGCCCAAGAUUCCCGGGCUUUCCGAUUUCAAAGGGCAUGUUACGCACUCUGCACGGUGGGACCAUGACUUCGAUUACUCCAACAAGCGGAUAGCUGUUAUUGGCAAUGGGUCUUCUGGCAUCCAGAUUGUGCCUCAAAUGGUCAAACUGCCAGGUACGACGGUGCGCAACUUUAUUCGUGGUCCAGCUUGGGUCUAUUAUCGUGUUCCACCCUCAAAGCAUCUUGGGAGAGAAACCGAUGACACAAACCCCGAGUUCCUCGAAGAAGAGAAAGAGCGCUUCCGCGAUCCUGUCCAACAUCGGGAGUACCGCAAAGGGAUUAUCCACCGUACUAAUAAGGCAUUCCGAUUGUUCAUUAAAGGAGAGUACAAUGAACAGACCGUGGCACUAGCAUCGGCCCAGAUGGCUGAGAAGCUCAACCACGAUCCCGUACUAUGCGAACAGCUUAUUCCCAAGUGGGAGAUCGGUUGCCGUCGAGUGACCCCGGGCCCUGGCUACCUAGAGUCAUUCUCAAAGCCGAAUUGCAGCCUCACCUCGAGCACAAUUACCAGGAUCACCGAGAAGGGUAUUGUCACUGCUGAUGGGCAGGAGUUUGAGUGCGAUGUUUUGGUUUGUGCCACUGGCUUCGACGUCUCUAAAUGCCCUCAAUAUCCUCUGGUCGGCCAGAACGGAGUUGACCUAGCUCAGAAAUGGAAGAAUGAGCCUACCUCUUACCUAUCAGUGGGAACCGACGACUUCCCCAACUUUUUCACAAUGGCUGGCCCCAACUGCCUCUGUGGUCACGGGUCCCUCGUCGAAGCAUUGAACUGGACAGGCGACUACUUCGUGAAGAUGAUCAAGAAGAUCGCCACAGAAGAUAUCAAAUACAUGGUUCCAAAGCUCUCAUCUGUGAAGGCAUUCGGCACAUAUCAAGACGAAAUCCACAAGACAUUGGUGUGGUCCGGCUCCUGCAGCAGCUGGUACAAGAGAGGCACCGUGGAUGGCCGAGUGACACAUCUGUUCGCAGGCAGUGCUAUCCUGUUCCGCCGCCUGCUCGGCGAGAUCCGCUCGGAACACUAUGACAUUGCUUACAACUCGGGAAAUCCGUUCCGCUUCCUGGGCAAUGGAUUCACUGAGUGGGAAAUGAAUGAGGAUGCCGAUCUGGGAUGGUAUGUGCAGGUUGCCAAACCGGUGCCCGAAGCUCAAUCUCGCGAUGAUAUGAGCUGGGUAGCAAAAUAG